UCAAAGACUCAGUCUUCUUCAUUCAUACCUUCAAUUAAUGCUGUGUUUUUUCAAUUUCUGGCAUUUGGUUCAAAGUUAAGUUAAAUAAUACUAACAGCUCAAAGCCAUUGCCAGAGUCAGAGAAAAGGACUACAGGAAAUUCAAGUCUAAAUUUGAAAAAAACGAUAAUUCAUCUGUUUUGGUUGCUGCUUAGAGGUUUUGAAAAGGAGAAAGAUUGAUUGAAGUUUGAGGGUUGAGGAAGUCUAGAUCAUCAUUAUUGUAUCAUAAACAAGUCUUCAAUAUUGUUUCCUGUUUUCCAAUUUUUUCGUUGAAAUUAACCUGGAUAGGAGCAAUCUAUUUUCUUGCUCCUGUCUGUCUAGGAUUCAACCAACAAAGUAGAAAAGAAGAGAAAGAUUCUUCAAAUGGGCAUUUGCUGGGGUUCUCCGGCUAAUGAUCCUGCUGCAAGCACCACUGGUCAGCUCAGUAGUGCAGUUGGGGUAUCUCAGACCAGCCAGACGGCUUCUUCGGGCACUUCUGGGGCCAGCAAUGUGUCAAGGAACAGCCAGUUCUCAGCAUCUAGUGGCGAUGAUGCUUUCCCUAAUGGGCAGAUCUUGCCCAACCCAAACUUGAGAAUCUUCAGUUUUGCAGAACUGAAGGCUGCCACCAGGAAUUUCAAAAGUGAUACGGUGCUUGGAGAGGGAGGAUUUGGGAAAGUCUUCAAAGGUUGGCUCGAUGAGAAAACGCCAGGGAAGACCGGAAGUGGAACUGUAGUCGCUGUCAAAAAAUUGAAUUCUGAGAGCUUGCAAGGAUAUGAAGAGUGGCAGUCAGAAGUAAAUUUCCUGGGAAGGCUUUCCCACCCUAACCUUGUAAAGUUGUUGGGAUACUGCUGGGAAGAAAAAGAGCUACUUCUUGUUUAUGAAUUCAUGCAGAAGGGUAGCUUGGAAAAUCAUUUAUUUGGAAGGGGCUCUUUUGUUCAGCCAUUGCCAUGGGAUAUAAGACUAAAGAUUGCUAUAGCAGCAGCUCAAGGCUUGGUUUUCCUGCAUACCUCCGAGAAACAAGUUAUUUACAGAGAUUUCAAAGCUUCGAACAUACUACUUGAUGGGUCCUAUACUGCCAAGAUAUCUGAUUUUGGCUUAGCGAAAAUGGGUCCUUCGGCUAGUCAGUCUCAUGUAACGACGCGAGUUAUUGGCACAUAUGGCUAUGCUGCUCCAGAGUAUGUUGCCACAGGGCACUUGUAUGUAAAGAGUGAUGUGUAUGGUUUCGGAGUUGUACUGGUAGAGAUUUUAACAGGCCUAAGGGCAUUGGAUACGAAUCGUCCGAGUCGACAACACAAUUUGGUUGAUUGGAUCAAACCACACUUACAGGAAAAAAGAAAGUUGAGGAACAUAGUGGACUCAAGGCUGGAGGGAAAAUACCCAUCUGGAGCUGCAUACCAAAUUGCUCAGCUUGCCCUGAAAUGUAUCGAAAGUGAACCUAAAAAUCGCCCUUCAAUGAUAGAAGUACUCGAUGCACUAAAAAAGAUCGAAGCAUCUAAUGAAAAUCCACGAGAACCUAGACGUCGUUCUACUCGUCCUGUCACUCAGCGACGAGGCCAGCAGUCUUUGCCUCAUCGAUCACCAAUUCACACAAGAAACAGUGUAAACCAUAGCCAUCAGCACCAGCCUCGCGUAAGAUAAUUCUGAUACAUUUGUUUGUUACAAGCAAGAGACAUAGUCAUGUGAAUCAUGGUGAGUUUCAUUCAUAUCCAACAAUUUACUCUGCCUGGACAAUGUGAAGUUGGGUUUAAUCUUUUUCUUGUAUCUAGUGAUAUCCAUUCAGUCAAUUGUACUUCGUUUCUAUUGUAUUUUUAUGUCAGCAGAGUAUUUGUUAUAAAUCCCUUCGUUUUUUCUAGUUUUUUAGACCAUUAAGAGACAAGCAAAUAUUAUGUAUCAGAGGCUGGAGUGGGCCUAAAGAUGCCAGAUUUACAAUUAUUUUUGGAUGUUUGGUGUGUAAGUAAUAAAGGAUGUAAGACAAAUAUUAAGCUUUAUGCCUUUGUUUAUCCCAC